AUAGUAUUAAAAGAAACAAAAACUGUAAUAAUCAGCGCUAUGUAAGACGUCAGUGUCAAAUAUUUAGAAAAGUGUUGCCAAUGGAUGGUCCACUAUAAAAAUAUACUCGACGCCAUGACAUCACAAACGAGAGCAGUCCCGCCCCCUCCUAUAGCGGCACCGACACCAUCGCCCACAGUAAUUAGUGCGGCCAUGGAAAGGCGUCGACGUCUGCUGUGCACAGUCGAAAAUUUGCGCGGUCGCGUGCGUCAAGUGCUAAAAUGUGUUAUUAAUUUGCAUAUUGAGUUUUUGGUUCUCGAGUCCAAUGUCGCCGCAUUGCUGGAUGAUGUGAGAGCUCUCAAUGCGGACUGUAUUGAAAGGGAGCGCCUGGACAGACUAAUAGAGACAUUACGUAACUACAAUGGUCCCACAAUAUGCCAUGAAUGGCCAUACCCCUUGAUAUUCAAGGGCACAAUUGACGAAGCACAUGUAGCACAAGUUCUCAAUGCCGCGGAGCCGGUGGCGGGGGUCCUGCUCAGUGGAUCGGAGCUGAUGCUGCCAGAAGAACCAGCGUCAUAAUUACAAAUGUAUAUGUAUGUGUGUGAACAAAUGUUUCUAGGUAUAGUAUCAUAAAACUGCACUUUCUUGUCAUGUCGUGUAGUCCUAACCCUCAAUCCAAACCAAAAAUAUGUUUAAACCUCAAGACGUCUGGUGUGAGCCAUGUGCAACCAAACAAAUAGCUCCCCAGACAAAUUUGCUGCGGUCGGGUGCCUUUGUCGCCAUUGCCAAGGUAUUAGCAGCGACCGCAGUUGCAUUCGCAAUCUUUGUGGUCACUUGCCGCUACGGACAUUGAUUUUGACAUGCCGCCUCAAUGGGUCUGCUCUGAAUGUGAGUACUGCCUGCACAUAAUGACUGACAAAAUGGCUGAAAGUGACAGAAGAGUAGGCCGCGGUUGCCACAAGUUACUCGCCACUCAACCAAGCAGGCCCAGUUAAUCCUCAAUAAGUGUACGAUUGGGGUUAUUUUUGACCCCCCUCCUUCAGGAAAAUGUUACUAAAUAAUAAUAAAUAGUGCAUAUUCGCAAAACGCUUCCAACGAAUACAAAUACAAAUUAUUUAGAACCAUUAUGCUAAAUGUAAUUAAAUAUGUUUUUAUGUUUUUAAUUAACGAUCAAUUUU